AUGGCGGCAGCCGCUUUCGCGGUCCCGCGGGGAAUUCAGCUGCGGGUGUUCGCUGAGCGGCUGCUGCGAGGAGGGGCCCGGGAGCUCCUCCGGCCGCGACCUUUAGGGAGCACCCCCGGCUCGGAGCGCGACUUCAGCCUGUCUCUCAGUCGGGGCACGGUCAUUGUAGAGCGCUGGUGGAAGGUGCCGCUAGCGGGAGAAGGCCGGAAACCGCGCCUGCACCGGCGACACCGCGUCUACAAGCUCGUGGAAGAUACGAAACACCGGCCCAAAGGCAGCCUGGAGCUCAUCCUCACCCAGUCGGUGGACGAACUUGGAGUCCGAGGUGACCUGGUCUCAGUGAAAAAAUCUGUGGGCCGUAAUCGACUACUUCCUGAAGGACUGGCUGUGUAUGCAUCUCCUGAAAACAAGAAACUGUUUGAAGAGGAGAAAUUGCUGAGACAAGAAGGAAAACUAGACAAGAUCCAGACCAAGGCAGGUGAGGCGACAGUGAAAUUUCUGAGGAGUUGUCACCUGGAGGUAGGAAUGAAGAACAAUGUCAAAUGGGAGCUAAACCCUGAAAUAGUUGCCCGCCACUUUCUCAGAAAUCUUGGCGUUGUGGUUGCCCCACAUGCAUUAAAGUUGCCCGAAGAGCCCAUCACCCAGAGGGGUGAGUACUGGUGCGAGGUGACGGUAAAUGGACUUGACACUGUGAGGGUACCUAUGUCGGUGGUGAACUUUGAGAGGCCCAAAACCAAAAGAUAUAAGUACUGGUUAGCCCAGCAAGCUGCCAAGGGAAUGGCCUCCACCAGCUUCCAGAAGAUCUGA